AUGGGCUCCCAGAUGGUACUGCCCCGGACCCUGCUGCUCCUCCUUUUCUUGAACCUGUUGCCACUGGGAGGUCACUCCCACCCACUCAGCACCAGCCAGGAAUUGGAAUUAUCUGAGAUACAGGAGGUGCUGGAUCGUCUGCAGGACAAGGUUGAAGAACUGCAGGUAGAGACGAUGGCCCUAGAGCCUCUCCAAGACCAAGGCCCUGCAGAAGCCCAGGAGACUGGGAAGGCAGUCCCUAAGAGUAACCUUGGUUCCCGAGACAAUGCCUUCCAAGCCCUGCAGGGACUGCAGAACCCCAAGAUGGCGCGCAGCUCAGGCUGCUUUGGGCGGAGGAUGGACCGCAUCGGCAGCUUCAGUAGCUUGGGCUGCAAUGGAUCCCAGGCCAUGGUGCUGGCCCCUGCCCUCUGUAAUGCCACCAUUAAUGAUCUGAGCUCAGCUGUGGAGAAAGCACCACGAGACCAGCACUUAUUAUCAUCCCCAUUUUCUGUAUGA